AAUCGAAAAGCUCCUAGGCAAACUCCGUAGACUCGUCGACUGGAGACUGGGGUUAUCGCGGUGGUUCGUGGGGGAUGAAACUACUAUACUACCCUGAUACGAGUACCAGCUAGUAGCUUUAAGCUUUACUUGGUUACUUGCUAAUAUUAUAUAUCACUACACACUAGACUGUAUACUCGAAGAUAAAACUCUAGUAUCUAGUAUGCUUAAACAUCCACGUCCAGCUAAAGCCAAAAGCUCAAACUCAGUUUCGUUACGGACAUCAACGGAUGUACCGCGAUAUUUAUUAAAUACCAUGUAGCUGUUAUUAUUUAUCCACAAUUUAUUUAACUCCUGUGACUAAGAGGACAUAUUGUGCCAAAUUUUAGAUAAGUGACUUCUUAUUGUUUAUUUAUUAUUAUUUUUAUUUAUUAGAUAAUUAUCAGUGCGUUAAUGCGUUAAUGUUAUUGAUGUGAACUACGUUGAGAUUAUAAUCUACCCACCCAUAUCUAUGAUGACUGUUAAUCUCAACUCUCUAUGGUUUAUUAUUUUAAUAAUACCGGGUCUCAUCGGCCAAAGUUAUGCUAAACAAGAUGGCUUGACGAGUUUGGAUUGUAAACUGGAUGGAUUGCAUCCUUUCCUCAUUAUUACAUACAAGAAUAUUACAAUAGCAGCAGACAAGAUUACAAUCCCACACAGCGAACGUGUUACAGUGAGAUGUCGAGAACUAGGAAGGUACAAACUUAUCGGUGAUCCUUUUCUGCAGUGUCGGAAUGGAGAAUGGAAUAAUAAGCCACCUUCUUGUUUACCAACAACUUCCAUCUCUAAUUACAGCGAAAAUGCCCCACCGACAAUAUUAUUUGGAUUACCAACGGGAUCAGCAGCAAUAGAACCUUCUGGAGCAUUAGCAGUAUUUCCUGGAAGUAUUUUACAUCUCGAGUGUUUAUUCGCUAGACAGCUGGGUAAUCCAGAAUGGACGUGGACGUCGACGUUUCGUCAAUAUCUCACAGGCUGGGCAAUUGCUGCAUCGGAAAAAGAUUGGAAAUACAGAUUAUCGAUAUACUACGUCAAAAAUCAAGAUUCUGGAGUUUAUACUUGUUCGACGCCGAAAGGUUUGACUAAUUCAAUCCGCAUACACGUUAUAGACUUACAUUGCCCUACAUUGACAGUUGCUUCGCCAAUGAUCUCAAGAAUUCAAGGAACAAGAAUGGGACAUAAAGCAGAAUUCGAAUGUCCAGAUGGUUACAGACUCGAAGGACCUCAACGUUUGAAUUGUCAAUACAACGGAAAAUGGUCAAGUGAAGUACCACACUGCGAGCCAAUACUUUGUCCGCAAAUAAACGUAACAAACCCUCGACUACAAGUAUUAGCGUACAACAAUACUGUUGGGGGUAGAGCGUCUUUUGAUUGUAUGUGGGGUAAUAAUCUAAUCGGUGAAGCAACAAUUAUUUGCAGAGAUGACGGAAAGUGGAGUUCUCCGCCUCCUCAUUGCUUUCAAAUAAUUUGCCGGCUGCCAGCUAUACCGAAAAAUACAAAAAUUAUAGAAGAUCGAUCAAGUUCUGGAAAGAAACGUGUCCGUGUAAAGAAAGUAGGAUCUCUUUUGAGGUUUGCGUGUCUGCCUAGUCAUCAACUGAUUGGUGAAGCAUCAAUUAUCUGCAUGGAAAAUGGAACGUGGUCACACGAUCCGCCUCAAUGUGAAGUAAGAUGUCCGUAUCCAGGCGACCCACCACAUGGAAAAAUAGCCCCGCUGAAAUUUUGGUACAAACCUGAAGACACUAUUCAAGUAACUUGUUCACCUGGGUACGUAACACCUCUCGAACCAGUUAAAAGGCCUACUUGUCGCGAAAACGGUAUGUGGAGUGGACCACCCCCUCCUUGCCGCUCUUAUCGCGAUGUAUGAAAACCUCAAAUAUUAAUUUUUUAUCACCAAGGAUAAAAUUACAUCGCAAACUAAUAACAAGUUUGCUGUUAAAUCACUUUGCCGUCACGGCAUAAAUUUAUGAAAAAAAAUUACCAUUCUGAUUAAAGUAUAACAAUGUGAAAAAUGUUUUCCACUAAAAAAACUAAUGAUUAUAAUAAUAAGAAUAAGAAAGCGAUUUAAA